AAACGCCUUGGUUUGGCGGCCUUGCCACAUAGGCUUUCUUUCUCUCACAGUAAUCCGCGUCUAGACGCUAUCGCGGCCAAGAAUUCUUCUCUCCUCCCAGGGCGCCCAGAUCUUGGAUCGGCGAUAAGGUAUUCUCCUUCUCUAGCAGCGAUUGGAACGGCGGCGCGGCGAUCGAUCGAUCGAUCGCUGGGAAAAGAUCGGGAUUAGUCUUUCCAUCUCGGCGGCGGCAGUGGAUUGGAGCGAAAUUUCCUGUCCCAGGGGUCGUUAGUGUAGGGUUUGGGGCAAAGAGCAUGAGCGCAAGCGACGAGAAUGACACGCUGGUGAGAUGGGGUCUUCACUUGCUGGAGGUUCAUCCUUUCACUGGUAGCAACGAUACGCGAUCAUCGUCGCCCGAUUCUCUUCCUUGCUGCUGCCCGGCAGAUGGCACAGAGGACGACGAGGCCCUAGCAAUCUCUCUCCAGCAGCAUCUCUACACCGAGGAUACCACGCAGCCGCAACAGCAGCCACGGGAGGAGGAUCCCCCGAUCGGAGAUUUUUUUGACAAUCGCGACAAGGAGCAUCACAAUCUUAACGAUUACGGUUUGGUGACUGGAUCGGAGGAGAUCUGCGAGGAUUGCGCCGCCGAGGAGAUGAGCAUGGGCAAUCACCACUCUUCCAGCAGCAGCAGCUCCCCAACUUUCUCUUACGAUCAGCGCAACAACAGCACCAACGAGAACGAUGAGGCGAUUGCGGUUAUUCUUUCCGAGGAGUUGGCACAACUCGAUGGAGGAGAAGUUGGCCGGCGGCUCACACACAUGGAAUCCAUACCUCAUAUCCCGAAGAUAAAUGGAGAGAUACCGAGCCCGGACGCUGCCACACUCGAUCAUCAAAGGCUUCUUGAGAGGCUUCAGGUCUAUGGAUUGACAGAGCACAAGAUUCCUGGCGAUGGUAACUGUCAGUUUCGGGCGCUCUCGGAUCAGUUUUAUAGAACACCAGAUCAUCACAUGUUUGUCCGGAAAGAAGUCAUUAAACAGCUGAAGCAGGAUCCAGAACCAUACGAAGGUUACGUUCCAAUGAAAUUCAGCGACUACCUCAAGAAGAUGGCGAAGAAUGGGGAGUGGGGUGAUCACGUAACAUUGCAAGCUGCUGCUGAUGUUUAUGGGAUGAAGAUCUGCUUGAUUACUUCGUUCAUAGAUACUUGCAUCAUUGACAUCAUACCAAAGGAACCGAAAUCAGACAGAGUCAUAUUCUUAAGCUUUUGGGCUGAAGUGCACUACAACUCCGUGUAUCCGGAAGGAGAAGCCCCUGUCUCUUACACCGUCAGGAAGAAAAGGCACUGGUUUUCAUUCUUUGGUUGAAUCCAGUUCUUUUCUUCUUUCGCGAUUUUAAUCUACACCUAUAUACUUUUUCCUUUCUUGCUUCCCUCGCGCGCACCAUAUCUCUUCGUCUUCCAGCUAACAGUUUUCCAUACAACAAAAUUAUUUUAUUAGAUCACAGGUACUACAAGUUACAACUUCCUAAUUCGCCAGUGAGCAAAACGGCAAGUUGUUGCCAACACUCGUUCUUGUUAGCGGGUUCCAGCGGUCAAAAACAAUCCGCCCGCCCCUUCCCAUCCUACCACGGAACUGUGGCUUCGUGAACAGCAUCACCGGUUCCAUAGUAUCGAUGGAUCGAAUCGGGAACUACGCAAACACCAGAGCCACGUCAAGUUCCAACGAAAGCGAAAGCAAAAGAGAGCCAGCCACAGUACCUUUCUAGCUGGUCGUCCUCUCGACAGAGCAUGGGGUUGGCAUACUCGUAGGCGUCCCCGUUCAUCUGGUCCGUGCCUGCUUGCAAGUCGUCACUACGCUUUGGAAACAAGAGUUUCCGGGGCACUGUUGGUGGGAACAGGGACGCGCUGUUGAGGAACGACGUGUCCUCGUCGGCUUUGGAUUCGUGCUGUUUGUGAAGUUACGAGUGGGCAAAAAAGAGACACAGAGAGCUCACUUUCCAUAACAGGGGCGACGAAAACAAAAGUCACAGCUACCUUAUACUUGAUUUGGAGCCUCUGGAUGUGACCUUCACAGUCGGCCAGCUCGCGCUUCUUCUCUUCACGCUGUGCAGACGGCAGUGUCAAAUCAAGGUGGAAGAAGAUUCCAACGCCACUUACCUUUUGGACAGCCAGCAUCAAUGCUCUAGCUUGCUCCAGAUUGCGACGAACCUACGCGAGAGUUUUCACACCAUGUCAAAGAGACGAACACGCGGAAGUUUGUACUCACCUGGCGGAGCUUGUCAAAGGAUUGGACGUCGUUCUCACGCCUUUGCAUCUAUGAAAAAAGACCAGAAGAAGUUUUUCUUUUUGAAGGAAAAGCGAAGGAGAGAAAACUUGUGAGUUACCCGCCGGGUGUGAGGACGAUGAAUCUUCUCCCUCGGUCUAAAUACAUUAAAAGGAUUUGUGUCGUUCACCGGUGGGGGUGGCUGCAAGUUAUUUUCUUAA